GGUACUGACGUGUCAAACGCAUGAAAUAAUGAUUAAUUUGCGUGUAAUUCUGUUAAGACUAACUUAAAUGCAAAAUGGCUAUAAUUUUGUAUACAGAUCAUACGUUUGGAUGAGGAAUUGUAACGGAUCAAUUUGACACAAUUGUCUCGUUUUGAGAUAAUUGUACCAAAUUGCCUCGUUUGCCAGCAAAAAAAUUGGAUGGAUCAAUCUGCCUGAGGUAUUUUGAAUUGAUCCGUUUUGAGUCAAUUUCAAUUACCUGGGGUGGAGGCAGGUAAUUCGAAUUGACUCAUUUUAAUUGCCUCGUUUAUAAAACGAGACAAUUGAUCAAAUUGACUCAUUUUUAGAUUGAUCCAUCCAAUCAAUACCAAAUCAGAUUUGGCUAAUAUUUCAUAUUGUCAAAGGUUUGAUUAAUAUUUUUGACUAAAAAAUAAUAUUCCCCCUAUUUAAAAAUGAAAAAAAGGAAAAUACAAAGUGCAGACGGAAAGAGCGGGGCGGGUGUGAUUUCAAAAACGGCUCCUUGGUUUCCAUCUCUCUAAAGUCUCAACCCAUUUUCUCUCCCCCAACGGGCAUUUUGGUACCGGCGAGCGACGGGAGCCAGAGAUGACCGACCAAGCUCACAAUCAACCGGAGGCGUCUUCGUCGGCAACCGAGGAGGAAGCUCGCAAUCAAUCGGAGAAAAAUGCCGCCGCAUACGGGCAGUGGUCGUUGAACAACUUCGAAAUCGGGAGACCACUGGGAAGAGGGAAAUUCGGCAGAGUCUAUGUCGCUCGAGAAGUCAAGAGCAAGUACAUUGUGGCGUUGAAGGUGCUCUUCAAGGAACAAAUUGAGAAGUACCGUAUCCAUCACCAGUUGCGGAGAGAGAUGGAGAUCCAGUCCACCCUCAACCAUCCCAACGUGCUGCGCCUCUAUGGCUGGUUCGACGACGACGACAGAAUUUACCUUAUACUCGAGUACGCUCAUGGCGGUGAGCUCUAUGGUGUGCUGAGGGAGCGCGGCCACUUGACGGAGAGAGAAUCUGCCACGUAUAUUGCCAGUCUUGCGAACGCCUUGGCUUAUUGCCAUUCGAAGGAUGUGAUUCACAGAGACAUUAAGCCGGAGAAUCUCUUGCUGGAUCAUGAGGGUCGUUUGAAGAUUGGAGAUUUUGGGUGGUCGGUACAAUCGAGAAGCAAGAGGCAUACCAUGUGUGGAACUUUGGAUUAUCUAGCUCCGGAGCUGGUGGAAAACAAGGCUCAUGAUUAUACAGUAGACAACUGGACAUUGGGUGUACUUUGCUAUGAGUUCCUCUAUGGUGCACCUCCCUUCGAAGCUGCGAGGCAGAAUGAUACCUUCAAAAGGAUCAUGAAGGUUGAUCUUAACUUCCCGUUUAAUCCUCCGGUGUCGAAAGAAGCCAAAGACUUAAUUAGCAGACUCCUUGUGAAGGAUUCUGCUAAGCGUCUCUCUCUUAAGAAGCUUAUGGAUCAUCCAUGGAUAAUCAAGAAUGCAGACCCAAAAGGUGCGUGUAUCCAGUAGAGAGUGGAUUCCACAUUUUAGGGUUUGGUAUUCGUGGAAUGAGCGAGAGGCUUUUAGGAUGCAGGGAUUUCUUUUGUGUGGUUUUGUUUCUGAAUACAAAGCCAUUGCUGCUAUUGUUGUAGUAGACAAGGUUGACAUUAAGUAAAUUGCAUAGCCUGUCAGCUUGAUUUAAUUAAUUAACUCCCAUGCUAAUGUUUAACUGUUAUCUAUCGGGAAACAGAGUAUUAGCUAUUACAUUCAAAGAAAAGGAGAACAAUCUUUGAUAGUUUCUUGAGGUAUCCCAACCAUUUUGAUCUCAUUGGUGUUGUAGAGGAAGGCUUGGAUGUGCCUACGUGGGUGUGAAUAGUGCUGGAAGUUUGGUAUCGGUAUUUGGUAUGUACCGAAUACCGUAUCGAAUUGUCUAUAUUUGGUAUUACCGAAUACAUGUAUUAUUUCUUGGGAUUGGGAUUGUGAUUCAAUUUCAAUUGUUAUUCGGUAUUAUGGAUUACAUUUACUGUGUUCAUUUUUCAAUUGAAAUUAUUCAAUGAACAUAUAAUGUCUCAAUCACAUACAAUCAAUUUUGCAUGCAAUGUAUUCCCUAAAACAUAGUUCAGAUGUACUAGUAAUCAAAUAACUCACAUUGUGCUUGAGGAAAUAAAAGCAAAAUCAUGCG